AAUCAAGGUGUUAAGUUAUUUGAAGCUGAAUCUAAUGGGGAAAGUUCCAACAAAGGUUCAAAUCUCGUCCAUUAGCAGUAAUGUCAUCUUGUCAUCUCAUAUCCUCGGGAUAUCAGAGAUUUGACCAAAGAUUAUAUAGGAGCUUCGAUGGAUUAAUAUCUCGCGAGAUCACGGGUAUACCUCGCAACAGGUGAGCACUAAUUGAUGACGCCAGCACGCUAUUUGAGUUCGGGCCUUGAUGUCAGCAGCAUUUCUGAACAAUGAGCUUCUUGUUUCUUUGAACAGUUCCCCAAGCAGGCAAAGUGUUCAUAGAACGAUUCGGUUUACGUGAUAAAUACAUUUUUUGGUGUUUGAAAAGUGCGAGGAAAUGCCGGUGAACAAUAACAACCAGAAAGUAGUACCGAACGCCGCUGCCCGGAUAGUCAAGCUGCCCGUGGUUCGCUCAGCCUGUGCCACCCUGUCGGUCCUGUACGGAGAUGCUAAAAGCAGCAGCUCCAGUCUGAAAUCCCUGUGCGAGGCGCUGGAGAGCGGCGUGACCGCCCUGAGCGCCGCGGCCUGUACCAGAGUCUCGCCGGUCAUUGUUAAGCUGGAGCCCCAGAUCUCCAUUGCAAACAAUCUUGCCUGCAAGGGCCUUGACUGGCUGGAGACUUCAUUCCCUGUUGUUUUGUCCCCACCGGAUGAGGUGGUUGCUGCUGCCAAGAGCAAGGUAAAGAAGAUUAGAGAUGUGGUGUCCACUGCAGCCGGUGGGACAGUUGUGACAGUGCAACACACUGUCACACAGGUGAUCAGUAGACUGCAUCAGGCAGACAACAGUGAGAACCAGUCAAUGGUGAAGAGAGCCAUCAGCAUGGCCAGUAUGGGAUUGGACUCGGCUCUGACUAUGUCAGAGGCUCCUCCAGAAGAGGAGAAAGAAGGAGAAGAACCCCACUUGGUGGAGGGUUUUGAGGCUUCUGUCCGCUCAGGAAGUUACUCGGGGCGCUUGAUGAAACUCGCUGCAAAAGUGUGUUGGAGGACCUACCAAAUGAUUGGCUCAAAAAUCCACUUUGUUCAGAUCACGGAGCGUUUAUCCAAACCCACCACUCUGGUUCAGGACCUUCAGACGAGCUGUCAGACUCUGGUGUGGAGCCUCCACGGGUUACCCCAAUACUUUCAGCAACAGGUGGUUUCUGUGUUUCUCUUCGUUAACCAGAUGUGCAACCUGAGAAUUUCAUCAUCCCGUCAAGAAUGUACUCGACGCAGAAUUCGCGUCUGUACUGCUGAGGGUUCACCUCUCUGUAAGGAACUGGGCCGCUCACCGAGCACACCAGCUUUACGACUGAGACCUACCAGGACAUCUGUGUUUGAGAACGGCUGUAUUGUGAAAGGAUGUGUUCGUCAUUAGUUUUGACUUUUUGAUUCUGUACUUUAAUGAUAUGAUCAUGUAUUAGAAGCUUCAUGAAACUUGAUUGUUUCUGUAGCCCAUGUUUUUUGUUCAAAUCAUAAACAUGCACCUGUGUCACA